AUGUUCCUCCUUCUUUACUUCGUUGGCACUGCCAAUGAAUUAAUGGCAUUUCGCUUUGGCCAACAGGCACACGGAAAAGGCGGAGCACACGGACGCGAAACAUCCCAUUAUCAACAAGCGGCUAUCUUUGAGCUAGGCGCCAUGAUUCUUCAAAAUAUGUUUGGUGCUCUCUCAUUUCUACGCUAUCAAAAAGACGACGACCUUGUUGAUCGUCUUUCCUAUUUUUACACCUCCUCAUUUUUAAUUAUGAUGGCUGUUUUAGUUAGUUUUAAACAGUUUGGAGGUCGUCCCCUUGAAUGUUGGGUACCUGCUCAAUUUACCUCUUCAUGGGAGGCCUACACCGAAAUGUCAGAAAAUACUUACUUCGUCCCCGUAGACGAAGACAUUCCCGAAGAGAUUGCAGAAAGAGAUUACCGCAAAAUCUCUUAUUACCAAUGGGUGCCUUUCUUUUUGCUCAUCCAAGCCUUUUUGUUUUAUGGCCCAUGUUUAAUUUGGAGGUUAAUGAGUGAUAAAUCUGGUAUCCGUUUAAAUGAUAUUGUACAAAUGGCAACGGAAAAGGAGAAUAUUGAACCAGAAUAUAGAAUGAGAACAAUUGAAUCACUUGCUAGGCAUAUUGAAGCAGCUCUAAGGUACCAACAUACAGCCACAUCCCGCACUCAAUACACACUACAUCGGGUAUUUAAAUGCUUUAAUCUGCGUUAUUAUGAAAGCUACGUGACUGGAAUGUAUUUAGCCACAAAAGUAUUUUAUGUUGGAAAUGUUCUCACAAAUUUAUUACUUGUAAAUAAAUUCCUAGAAACUAAUAAUUACAGUAUUUAUGGUCUUGGUGUCCUUUAUGAUUUAUUACUGCUUGGCAAGUCAUGGACACAAUCAGGCAUUUAA